AUGAAGCCCGACAAAGGUUGUGGCCUUGUAUUUAUGGAUUUAGAUGACUAUGAAACUAAAAUAGAAUCAAUGUUAGCUUCUAGUUCAUAUCAGAAAGCAUUCCUUAAUGAAUACAACACAGCUAAUGAAUUGGGUAGGCACACGGAAAGACUCUGUGAUGUCAGUGGGUGGAGUCUGUUCUGUCUGCAGCAGAGCUGGUUAUCAGACCUGGGAACAGAGAAAGUGUGUAAGAGAAAGGGAAAGGCAGGCAUUCAGGCUCUACAAAAAACAAGCUACACGCUGCUGCAGAAUGCUUCUAAAUGCCCCAGGUGUGAGAAGACUGUCUAUUUUGCGGAAAAAGUAUCUUCCCUGGGCAAGGACUGGCACAAGUUUUGUCUGAAAUGUGAACGAUGCAAUAAGACGCUCACUCCGGGCGGCCAUGCUGAACAUGAUGGCACACCUUACUGCCACAAGCCCUGCUAUGCAACGCUGUUUGGACCAAAAGGUGUCAAUAUAGGAGGAGCAGGAUCCUAUAUAUAUGAGAAACCACAGAUCGAUUCCCAGACAUCCAAUAGUCCGGUUACUGCUCCCAUGGAAUCUGUUCAGAAACAGGAGGAGAAGAAAAUAACUAGUCUUCCCAGGCAGCCGAGUAAAGCAUCAAGUGUUACUGUAUUUGCAGGAGAACCUAACAUGUGUCCCCGGUGUGGCAAGAGAGUUUACUUUGCGGAAAAGGUAACAUCACUGGGGAAGGACUGGCACCGUCCAUGUUUGCGAUGUGAGCGCUGCAGCAAGACAUUAACUCCAGGCGGACAUGCUGAGCAUGAUGGUCAGCCUUACUGUCAUAAACCCUGCUAUGGAAUCUUGUUUGGACCCAAAGGAGUAAACACUGGUGGUGUUGGAAGCUAUAUCUACGACAAAGACCCAGCAACUGAAGUGCGGCCCUGAGCAUGAAGUCUGGUGAUGGAAGAUGGAAGUCAUAUGACUGCUUUGCUGUUUGCUAUUGUUAUUGAUGUUAAAUUGUAAUGUUAUCUACCACUAAAUUAUCUAGAAAUGACAAAAUGUUAAUAGCUUGCUUAGGACAGUAAACUGCAAACUGAUAAAGGUAAUUCAAGGUUUUAUAUUUUCAGAUUCCAUACUACAUUUUCUUGACUUUUUAUGACUUUUAGCUCUUUGCAAGAUAUUAUUAAACUGAAAUUUCAUCAGCUUUAAAAUUGUAAACUUACCAAAGGAUGUCAAGAAACAUCUCUUUUGUAACCAAAAUACGUGCUCACUUUUGAAUCCAGACAACAGACGGGUACAUAUGCUCCUCAGAUCAUUGGUGAAAAGAAAGUGUUUCACAUCGAGGUGUUAAUUGUGUUAUCUAUUUUGGUACAAGAAAUGGUCUAUAGACACAAAUAAUUUCACAAACUUUGAAAUAACAAUACAUUUUCAUUUGACUAUGUUAGUGCUACUUUACCAUCUUUAAACCUUGACUACAGGCAGCAUAUUUAUUUUGAGGCCAGAGAUGAAGUGUUGGAACUGUACAGACUGGAAAGACAUCACGGGAUAUCACCAGAAAUGUAUCUCCUUCAGAACUCUCACUGUAUGACUCUCCAUUCCAAACCAUUGAUAUGUACAUUAGCACUACAAUAUGAUUGCUGUCGCAUCUUUUUCAUAUCCUCUGUUAUUGUCUGCUGUUCUGCGUGUAAUGGAUUUGUACCUAUGUGAACAUAACCCACUGUUACAAAUAUGUACUAUAAUAGGUUUGGAAAAAAAGGCAUGAGGACUAGCUGACUAUUCACCUACUUCUAGAUUUGCAAUUUGUCAGUUCUAAUCCAUUCAUAGGAUGAACAUUAAACACAAGUCCAAUCCCUAGCAGUAACUGCAAAUGAGAUAAUUUGUACAGCAUGCAGUUUAUGAAGGCUUUUAGAUGAAAUGUUUAAUUUUUUUCUUGAUAUAAUCUUGAUGAUCAGUGCACAUUCCUUUAAAAUUAAUGAGGCAUUUCUUGGAGAGAAUCCAGGUCACAUCACCUAUUGUGCAGAAUGCCAGCUUUAUCUGUUGUCCUAUGUGACAGAAAUUGCCAGUGUUGCGUAAUUUUUCUUAAGCAUCAUGCUGUGUGUGUCCAGUAUAAAAUGGUCCAAGAGUAGCAAGGAGUGUUACCCAUAUGAUUCUGAGGCAAGACAACAGUAAAUGUUUGUCUUUACAGAUCAUUAAAUGGGGUGGGAAAUGCCACAUCUAACAUUCCUAAAAAUGUUUAAACUAGAAAAUUCCAUUAACAGCCAGAGCCUUCUCAAAUACCUUUCAUGCAAAGAUGGUGCUUAUCUGAGAAAGCUGGUCCAUUCAUUAAAAUGCUGUACUUGUUUUCUAUUAUUACUUGUAGGAGGGAUGGGAUGGUACUUGUAGCUACUGUUUUUAUUUCCAGUACCUUGCAGGUAGCCUUACCUUGAUGUAUUUUUUAAGAUGUAUAACCAUCAUUUUUCCACUUUUAAGCCUGUUAGAGGUGACAAAAGCAUUUGUUUGCAUCAUGAAACAAGGAAAAAAGUAUGCUUACAUGGUCAUAUCACACCAGCAGCUGGCCUUGUUUUUGCUUUCAAGUGGUAGUAAUCCAGGUUACAAAGAACACAGCAAGAAACUUUACCAUGAGGAAAACAUUACAGCAGUAUAGUAUGUAUGUUUAUGAAGCUAGGGCACAGUAUUUCGUUUUUUUGUUUUUUUUCUGUUUGUGUUUAUGAAGCUAGGGCACAGUAUUUAGUUUUUUUUUGUUUUUUUUCUGUUUCUGUUUAUGAAGCUAGGGCACAGUAUUUAGUUUUUUUGUUUUUUUUUCUGUUUCUGUUUAUGAAGCUAGGGCACAGUAUUUAGUUUCUUCAUUUUUUCUGUUUGUGUGCCAUCAAGGAAAACAAGUAUUACAAAAAUCUGCUAUGAAAAGCUAAGGACACAUACUGAUUUUUUUCCUGUUAAUUUAACUAGGUGUAUGCAGAACAUUACCAACUGUGUAAAGUUGAUGAAUGAAAGUAUUUAUUUAUUUUAUUUACCAAAGUGCUUCCCACCUCAUCAGUGGCUGUUUCUCUGUCAUUCGGGAGAACAGUGAAAAUGCUUACUUUGUAAAAAGUCAUGAGACUCUAAGAACAUUAAUUUACUAAAAUAAUAAUUUGUGAUCAGAGAAAAAAAGUUUUCUUUUGCAGAUACGUCAGGAUUGUAGAUUUUAUUUAAUGGCUGCACCAAUAUCAAAGGUCUGAAUGUAUUUAUUUAUGCUAUAUCUUUACUUUACUUUUUUUUUUUUUAAUUAAAAGGAAAAAAGUUUUAAAAAAGUUUCAUACUGAAGUCCUUGCAUAAGUUCAACAUGCGAGGUCACUGUUAACUAAAACAAAAUGAAAUGGAAAAGUUUUUCAGAACAUUUCUGACAAGCAGUGGAAGUUCAAACAUCUGUAGUCUUUGGAGAGAGAGAAAAA